AUGCCACUACAUCUCCUCGGUAAGAAAUCAUGGAACGUCUACAACCCGGACAACGUCGCGCGUGUCCGUCACGACGAAGCGCAAGCGAAAGCUCGAGAGGAAGAGGAAGAGAGACGCAUGCAAGAGGUUGAUGCCGAACGCCGGAUACAAAUCCUACGCGGCGAGCGCCCUCCCAGCCGAUCACCCCCACGCCUGCCUACACCCAACGAAACUCCCCGAUUGGAAACCCGCGGGCGAGCUGAAGCAGAAUUUGGCACACACAGGCAUAAGAAACGACGACGUAUCGCAGGAGAGGAUGAUGCAGACAGAGAUAUAAGAUUUGCAAGAGAAGAGGCUGCUCAAUAUGACGCGAAACGGGACGAGUUACUCUCAUCUCACCGCGAAGGGAAAAAGCGCAACGAACAUGUUUCAAUCACUGAUAGUGCUGGCCACAUCAACCUCUUUACUGAAGAUAUGACACGGCACCAGCGAGCCGAGAAGAAUGCGGAAGCGGAAGCCGAAAAGAAUAAGAAACAACGCACCUUUGAAGACCAGUAUACAAUGCGCCUUUCUAAUGCCGCUGGUUUCAAGGAGUCUGCCGGCCAGACGCCUUGGUACUCUACGGGGUCUACUAAGGACUUGGAAGCCCCCAAUGCAAUGCGAAAUACUGACGUUUGGGGAAAUGAAGACCCUUUGAGGCAAGAGCGGGAAAGGGCCCGCAUCGAUGCGAACGAUCCUCUUGCCGCGAUGAAAGCUGGAGUCCGCGGACUCAAAAAUGCACAAAAAGACAGGAAAGAAUGGCAAAAACAAAGGUUACGUGAACUUGAGGACCUGGAAAGAACCCAGAGAUCCGAAACUAGACGGCGAAGCCAACGGAGAUCACAUUCUCGAGACUCCUUCAACAGCUUAGAGGUCUUUUCACUUGAUAAUAACGAUAGGAAGCAUUCUAGCGAGCCGCAUGGACGGUCUCAACGGUCUCACAGGCAUGAACAUCGACAUCGCCACCGUCAUCGGCAUCACUGUAACUGA